CCCAAAAUAAGACCGUUGGAAUCCCCUCCCUCGCGACCAACCAACCACACUUUCCCAGUCUCACUGUCCCAUUGUACGUGCGACAGUCUCUACCGUUCAAAACCCGCCCUAUGGAUCUCCUCCACUCCGCCGUCCGAUUCGCCCACACUCAUCGUUCCAGAUCCACUAUCCCUCUACACACUCGCAGACGACUCUUCACCGUAAGGGCGAGUCUGCCUUUUCCGAUUCAGAAAGCGAAGUAUUGCAGAGAGCUCGAAGCUGCAGUGAACGUGGUGGAGAGAGCUUGUUAUCUUUGUGUGGACGUGAAAUCAUCUUUGUUGUUUAGUGAUGGUCGGAUUGUUGAGAAGAAUGACCAGACUCCGGUCACGGUUGCAGAUUUCGGUGUGCAGGCUCUGGUCAGUUUGGAGUUGGGUAAACUGUUCCCUUCUAUUCCUUUAGUGGCUGAAGAAGAUUCUUCUUUUCUACUUUCAAAUAAUCUAGAAGAUUCCGUGGUAAGUGCAGUAAGUGAUAAAGCAGGUAUUGAAGAUAAACCAUUGGCACGUGAUGAUGUACUUAAAGCAAUUGACAGAGGAGCAAAGGAAGCUUUUGUAUUUGGAUCUAAGCCAGCUACGUAUUGGGUACUGGAUCCAAUAGAUGGCACACGAGGAUUUCUAAAAGGAAGUGAAGCCUUAUAUGUGGUAGGUUUGGCUCUUGUAGUUGAAGGAGAAAUUGUGUUAGGUGUUAUGGGCUGCCCUAACUGGCAUAAUGAUUUUUCCAAUGAAUUCAUCAGUAAGGGUCAGGAAAAUGAAGAAAACUUGUCUGGAUCAGGUGUCCUAAUGGUCGCUCAUAUUGGCUGUGGAACAUGGACAAAGAGGUUAUCAUAUACGCUGAAUAGUUGGACAAGAUGCUUGGUAGAUGGAUGUCGCUUAGUACAUGAGGCACGCUUUUGUAUUUCAGAUAGUCAAACAUGGGAGUCGUUGCCAUUGUCAGCAUCGGUCAAUGCCACAACUAAUGCUAACAGUAUCGAGGAUAAUCAAAUUCUUCUUUUGCCAACAUGUUGUGGAAGCUUAUGCAAGUACUUAAUGGUGGCUUCAGGAAGGGCUUCUGUUUUCAUUCAUCGUGCAAAAGUUCAAAGGAUUAUCAAGGUUUGGGAUCAUGCUGUUGGCAUGAUAUGUGUGCACGAAUCUGGGGGGAAGGUGACUGACUGGAAAGGUAGUCAAGUUGAUCUUGCUGCAGAUAAAGAUGGACGGAGAAUUAUAUUCCCUUCAGGUGGAGUUCUUGUGACUAAUGGCAACUUACAUGAUCAGAUUCUGCAGAUAAUCUCUUCAAGCUCAUCAGCUGUUUGAUGGCAGAUCCUACCUGAUCUUGUUGAUCGACAGUCAAACAGUGAGCGUGUUGCUAUGGAAAUCACAUACAGAAACUAUCGAGUUGGAAACUGUGCUACUGACCACGAUAACAUUAUUUUGACAGUGUCCGUCAGUUUAGAAAAGAAAGUGGCUAAAUUAGCGCCAUGCUUUUGAAAUCUUGUCUCAGCUUUCUGUUGUGGCCUUAUGAUGAAAAGAAAAUCGUAUUGUGGCCGGUAAUUGGCAAGGGGGAGCCAUGAAGAUGUCUUAGAACUUGGAGGCAUGGGACGAAGUGUUACAUGAAGGAGAAGGUGCUGGCCAUGAUUAAUUGUCCGCAGACAAGUAACUUUUAAGUAAGUGACUCCUAGGAAAUUAGCGAGGUUCUAUUCUAUAGAAUUAGGUUGUUUGCUAAAGCUGGAACAUGUUAAGCUAUAAAUUACCCUCAUGGAGAAUAAUCUACGCAUAAAGAUUAGCGACAAAGAAAUUACAUUUCAGAAAGUAUAUCUAGCUCAGGAAGCUUGGUUAUUUCGAAAUGCCUUUAAUACACUUUGGUCUUUAUUACAUUGCUCAAUUUGUUUAUGUCCACUAAGAAAACAGAUUGCUACUCAAAUAAAAUUGCUUAUACCUCUGUGUUCAGCAUUCA